CUGUCUCGACGUGCUAAGCGUUCAGAAACAUUAAUUGUUUUCCUCAUAAAUUUUUUAUUUUUGCUGUACUUUUUAUUGCGGAAUAAUAAAGUUAUUCCAAAUUUUGCAUCAUUAGUGACCGGCUUCUGAGAAUUAUAUUAUCAUUGUGAAAGUGCAAGUGCCAUUGUAAUUAUUUCAUUUCUGUCGAAUUGAAUAGGAACAAGAAUUUAAUUUUUAAAAAAGAUACACAGAUUUUACCGAAAUAAGGAUGUUUCGACUUAUUCCUUUUUAAAAAUCAACAAAUUUGGCUGUGUCCAGGCGUCCAGAAUUCUUGACGAAUAGACCAACUGUCUCAAAACGGCUAUUCGUCCAGAAUUUUGGACGAUUAGCUCACACACCUCGGAUUGCUAUUCGUCCAGAAAUUAUCAGCGAAAAAAUACUCAAUUUGACUCAAAACAUUGUGUCAAAUCAUUUUAUAAGAUCGAUUAAAAUCAGCCAUCUGGCUCUUCCUAUCCAACCUACGCUUUAGAAGUGACUUGAUAGUUGACAGCGGCCACGGUGGAGCUCAUUGUUCAUUGGACCGAGAUUCAUUCAAAUGCAUGGGAAAAGACCAAAAAUUGACAUGAUCGCCGAAACAACUUCCGGAUUUGCUCUGGAGAGCUUCUUUCAAUCGUAUAUGACCCUUGGUAGAUUGACGUAACAAUUGGAAAUUUUUUAUUGAGACAGAAUUUGCAUUCCCAGAUUCCAGGAAAUAUGAAUUCCAAAGUCUUCAUCAUCUGCGUCACGAUUUUUGCAAAAGUAUCAGUGGCCUCAGUUGCUAGAAAAACAUCUGCGACCAACGUACAGCCAAUUGAAGAGGAAAAUGAUUAUGCUCGAGUUCUGGAAUUGUCCCUUUUAUUCUACGAAGCUCAACGCUCUGGGAAACUUCCUGCAGAUAAUAGGAUUCCUUGGAGAGGGGAUUCUGCUUUAAAUGAUCGAGGUCUCAACGGUGAGGAUCUCACUGGAGGAUAUUACGAUGCUGCUGAUUUCGUGAAGUUUGGCUUCACGAUGGCGUCGACGACUACCCUUCUGGCUUGGGGUGCAGUCAGUUGGCCCGAGGCUUAUGCAGCUGCUGGUCAGCUGGAUGAAAUUCGAACAACCGUGAAAUGGGCAACUGAUUAUUUUAUAAAAUGUCACGUCAAUGAAACGACAUUUUAUGGUCAAGUUGGGGAUUUCACAAUGGACCAUACUUUUUGGGGAAGACCUGAAGAUUUGAACACCUCCAGGCCUGCUUUUAAAAUCGAUGCUGAACAUCCAGGGUCUGAUCUAGCUGGAGAAACCGCUGCAGCCCUCGCAGCUGCGAGUCUACUUUUUAAGGAUUCAAACCCUGAAUACAGUGCCAUGUGUCUUCAACAUUCUAAAGAACUUUAUCAAUUUGCAAAUGACCACAGAGGUCUCUACCAUGAAGCUAUAAAGGGUGCAGCUCAGUAUUAUGAAAGUACCGACUAUGGGGAUGAGUUGGCUUGGUCUGCAGCUUGGCUUUUCAAGGCCACCAACAACUCCAGAUAUCUCGAGGAGGCUGAAUAUCAUUACCAACAUUUUUAUCUUAAGGAGCGACCAAAUGAAUUCUUCUUUAACAAAAAAGUUGCUGGGGUUCAGGUUCUCUUGGCGCAACUCACUCAACAAAGAGAUUACCAAAACUCAGCGAAAAAUUUCUGUGAUUUUUCAGUUAGAUUCCAAAAAAGGACUCCUAAGGGUCUGAUUUAUAUUGACAAAUUUGGCACACUUUGUCACGCUGCGAAUAUUGCAUUCGUUUGUUUGCAAGCAGCGGAUUCACCUGGAAUUGGAGAUCCACAGGAAUAUAGAGAUUUUGCUAAGCAGCAAAUUUCGUACAUGCUCGGUGGUGGGGGAAGAAGUUAUGUAGUUGGAUGGGGCCGAAAUCCUCCCACCCAACCCCAUCAUGCAGCCUCUUCUUGUCCAGAUAAACCAGCAUCCUGUGGUUGGUCAGAACUGUACCGGAAGUCGCCAAAUCCUCAAACUCUUUAUGGGGCUCUCGUUUCUGGUCCCGAUGAGAUCGACAAAUUUCACGACCAUCGAGAGGAUUAUAUUUACACUGACGUGACCCUCGAUUAUAAUGCAGGAUUCACAAGCGCUCUGUCCGGAUUGCUGCAACUCCGGGUUAAAGCAAUCACUUGAAAUUUUAUUUUUCAAAAUACAAUUUUUUUUUAUUUUGAAUUCAAAAAAAGUCUCUUAAGUCAAAGAUCGGAUCAUACUUGAAAGGUCGAAAGAAUAAUGAACUUCUGUGAUUGAAAUGUUGAAAAACAUACUUUUUUAAAAUUUGAAACAAAUUGCAAAAUGUGAUCUUGAUUUCUGAGUGACUCCAACAUUAUUGUUGAUUUACGACAUUUUCACUUUGAGAUGCGAUUCAUAAUUUAAGUCUUUUUUACUACAAUUGUUGUGAUAGUAACAUUAAAAACUGAAAAAUAGUAUCACAAGGAAUAUCAAAGCGAGGAAUUUCAUUUUAUAAAACAUACCAGCGUUCGAUAGAACGUUGGUUAAAAACAAUUAAAUUUUUUUUUAUUAUUCAAAACUUGAGAAUUGAAACUUUAAGGCAACUUUUUUAUCUUUUUAUCGACGAUCAGUAUUUUUUUAAAUACCAAAGACAAAAAAAAAUAAUUUUGAUUCCAGCAUUAAUGCUCUUCGCUUUCACAACGAGUGCUUUUACUAUUUUUGUAUUUUUUAGUUAAGAUAAUAAUUUUAGAUUAGUGAUUAAUAUAUAAGAUGAAAAAGCUUUAUAUUAUAA